AUGUUGAUGACUAUCGUACUGCUGUUCGCUGUGUGUUGGCUACCCAUCCAUGUGUUCAGUCUAUUGGUCUACUUUUAUCCCAAAUUUCUCAAAAUGAACUUAAGGUCACUACUGAACAGAUGUUACCUUACGUUCAAAGUGUGUCGAUCUGAGGAGGAGGACGAGUUGGAAACCCAGGGACAGACACUCAGUUCAAUGAAUACCAAAUAUAACCGCACGAACAAUAAGCAUAUGAACGGAAAGGAUGUCAAGACAAUUGAGAGACAGAUUGAGACUGAAAUAUAGUCGUCGCCGGCUGUCAGGA